AUGGCCAACAGCAAGCCCAUCCACCGGCGCCUCAGGCCCCUUCGGAGCCGAAGAAGCAAGUCUAGCCAGACCCCAAGCCCUGCUGUCUCGUCCGACCCUGUGGACCCUGCCCAGUGCCUUGACCACGAGUCGGCCUCUCCUCCGUCUUACGGGCCGAGCCAGGGUGCUACAAGCAGUACCUCCUCGCCUGCACGCCCGCAGACACCCGAAACAUUGGUGGGUGUGCCGGUGGGACCCGGGCACCUGGUAAACCUCCCUGGCUCACCUGCUUACGUCGAUCCUCAACUCUUGUUCCCUACCGAACACGGCCAGCAACCAACUCUUGGAGAGCGUCACUUCGCCCUCACGACUGAUGAUGGAAAGCAGGUCGAGUUCAGGACCGUGUCCGUGCCCUCGUUUGUCUACGCUGAAAAUGAACAAUAUCUCGGUCUCCUCGUGUCAAUGGCGCCUCGGCUCCUGUAUGUUUUUGAAGGAUACGGGAUCAUGAAAUACAAUCCCUACCGGAUACCGCAAUCCUUCCAGUUGGAAGAUCCGGUGAACCUGCAAACCGGUAUCAUGAUGGGUCAUGUCAUGGACAUGACCAUGCACGGAACGACGCCACGAGAUGCCGUGAUCGAUCAGAUCGCCAAGACCUGUCAACUCAUCGGCACUAGCUUGAAAUCGUCCGAAAGAGAUGAGCGCCGACGGUUCUGCGAGGUUCACUCAAUCGCGUCCAUGGUAAUAGCUGCAAUAUUUCUCCGUGAUUUUGACAGCUGGCGGGUUCACAUGAGCGGUCUCAAACAAUACCUGCAAGCAACCGGCGGCAUAAGCGGGCUCAGUCAUCUCUCUCGCAGCAUCCUGCAUUAUUGCGAUAUCGAGGGUGCCAUUACUUUCAGGUCGCCGCUCCACCUACCAUUCAAUCGUCGAUUCUCCGCUCCUCUCCCUGCAUUCUCAACCGAGCAACUUCUUUCCAUGAUCUCCACGCUACGGCCAGUCAUGCGCCGAUGCGAGAUUAGCAAUGAUGUCGCAGACACCAUCAUUGCGGUGUGUAUCUUCACCAACACGAUCAAACUGUACCGAAGACGGGAAAUAGCCGAGAAGCGAGACCCGGACAAUUUGCUUGAAGAAUGGUACUUUCUGCAACACGAAUUGCUUCCUUCGCCGGAUUUCAUCCAGCCAGAGGCAAGGCUUCAGGCGUCUGGUUCUGUCGAGAGAUCUAAUGCAGAAAAUGGACAUGUGGAAACGGUACCGGGCUGCUCACCGUCACUCGACAGGGCUCUUUGUGUCACUGCACUGAUGUAUCUCAGAGCGCCGACCAUGGAUUUUAUUUCAGGGAGGGCCGCUUACGAGACUUUACUUACCUGCCUGGUGGAAGAACUGCAGGCCUUCCGCUCAUGGGUGUACCAAACCCAAGCGCUCGAGGUGUACCUGAAAACAGAUGUGGAAAGCCAAGAGUUUCUAAGAAAAGCUCGGCCGAUCCUAAUUUGGAUUUGCGUGGUUGGUCAUUACUUUUCGCACUACUUCAAUGUAUACCACUCAGGAUGGAGCGACCGCAACCCAGAGGGCUCGAUCUAUUUUCAGAUCCUCCAGGAGCUAGAGACGCAGUCAGGAGCAGUGUCAACAGACUUGACCAAGUCGGAUGUGGAGUUCUGCCACAUGUUAAGCAUGGAGUGGGCGUUGAAUGGCAAGUGGGACGCCGGGUCUAUCCUGCAACGCAUCGUUAAGGGACGAUAA